CCGUUAACUUAGCGUCAUUUUAGGGCAUUGUCCUUCCUCUAUAUAAACCCUAUUCUCAGAUUCGUUAAGAACACGAAAGAGAUUUGCUGGACUCGACUUUCAGGAUUCCGAGGAUGAGGCCUGUCUUUUGUGGUAAUUUUGACCAUGAAACUCGCCACUCUGAGCUGGAGCGCCUUUUUUCCAAGUAUGGAAGGGUUGAACGUGUCGACAUGAAAUCAGGGUUUGCUUUUGUUUACUUUGAGGAUGAGCAUGAUGCAGCUGAUGCCAUCCGUCAUCUUGAUGACCUGCCUUUUGGGUACCACAGGCGCAGGCUCUCUGUGGAGUGGGCGAGGCAUGGAGAUCGUGGUAGGUAUCGUGAUUCUAGGCCCGCUGUGAACAUGAGGCCCACGAAAACACUGUUUGUGAUAAACUUUGAUCCCAUCAACACAAGGAUUCGGGACAUCGAGAGGCAUUUUGAACCUUAUGGAAAGGUCUUGCAUGUGCGGAUCAGAAGGAACUUCGCAUUUGUUCAGUUUGAAACACAGGAAGAAGCCACCAAAGCUCUCGAGAGUACAAACAUGAGCAAGAUACUUGACAGGGUUGUGUCAGUUGAGUAUGCAUUGAAGGAUGAUAGUGAGCGAGAGAGGCGCGACAGUCCAAGAAGGGGUUAUGGGAGGGCAAGCCCGCUCUAUGGUCGCUCUCCUAGCCCUAGCUAUCGCAAGGGCCCUGCAAGACCAAGCCCUGAUUAUGGGAGGGCACGAAGUCCAGUUUAUGACCGAUAUGAAGCUCCAUCUGCAUAUGGGAGAAACCGUAGCCCUGAAUAUGGAAGUUAUCGAAGUCGAUCGCCGAUCAAACGCUCGAGGUCAUGAGGAAGGAGGGGGGGGGGGGGGUUGUAGAAGCCGCCGCUACUGAGUUUCUUCUUAUACAUGUCAAUUAUCUUUUUAUUCACUACCACUUUUUUCUGUUUUUGUAGUAUACGAGGUAUAAGAUUAGAUAUCUUUGUAUAGUCUUUGGAUGUGAGAUGAAAUCAUUUGUGAACUCAUUUGGUUUUCUAUUGGGACAUGAAAUAUGAAAUGGUGGUUUUGGAUACUC